CCCCAGCAGCCCCGAGUCAGCGUGUGGCGGGUGGCUGAGCUCCACACGGGGCACACUUCACAUUGCAGCACAGCCGCUUCUAUCGAUUGCUCGGCACGCAACCUGGCUGUCACUUUCUGGGAUCGAUUCGUCGUGUCUUUUCGCACCCACGUGGGUACACAACUGCUAUGGCGGAACGCUCGGUGACAGACCAAGGAUCCGAUGUGGGGACAACACAGAACCAUGGAGCCGACCCUCUCUCUGGUCCCGGUGCCUUGACUGCGGCAGGAGCAGUAAAAUCAGGACGCCCAGCUGCCCGUCGAGUGGCCAACCAAAUACCUGAUGAAAUCUCCCAGAAUCCUUUACUCCUGGAAGCCAUUUCUGUACUACCGCAAAACUAUAACUUUGAAAUUCCUAAGACAAUAUGGAGGAUUCAGCAAACCGCAGCUAAAAGAGUUGCUUUGCAGAUGCCAGAAGGGUUGCUGAUGUUUGCCUGCACUAUUGCUGAUAUCAUUGAAAGAUUUACAUCGGCAGAGACCGUGGUGAUGGGAGAUGUGACAUACGGAGCGUGCUGCGUGGAUGAUUACACUGCACGGGCGCUAGGAGCAGACUUCCUGGUACAUUAUGGGCACAGCUGCCUCAUCCCUAUUGAUGCCACGCAAGGGAUAAAGAUGUUGUAUGUCUUUGUUGAUGUUAAGAUUGAUACAUCACAUUUUGUGGACACAAUUCGCUUCAACUUUCAACAGGGAGCCUCAAUCGCCUUCGUCAGCACCAUCCAGUUUGUGUCUGCACUUCAGGCAGCUGUCCAAGCCCUGCGUUCAGAGUACAAAAUUACUGUCCCCCAGAGUAAGCCACUGUCACCAGGGGAGAUCCUGGGCUGCACUUCCCCACGCCUGGAGAUGCCCGUGGAUGCUGUUGUGUAUUUGGGUGAUGGCCGCUUUCACCUGGAGUCUGUCAUGAUUGCCAACCCAGACACAAAAGCAUUCAGGUAUGAUCCAUAUAAUAAAGUUUUCUCGAGGGAGUACUACGACCACAAGGCCAUGUUGGAAAAUCGAAGUCAAGCAAUCAAGUCUGCAGUUGGUGCAAAAACAUGGGGCCUCAUUCUUGGUACUUUGGGACGUCAGGGUUCUCCUAAAAUACUAGAGCACCUGGAGUCACGUCUACAGGCUCUCGGCUGUCGUUACGUGCGGCUUCUGCUGUCGGAAAUCUUCCCUAAUAAACUCAAGCUGUUCCCAGAGGUGGAAGCGUGGGUGCAAGUUGCCUGCCCGAGACUUUCAAUUGACUGGGGAACAGCCUUCUCAAGGCCUCUGCUUACUCCAUAUGAGGCCUCUGUAGCUCUUAAGGAAGCAGAAUGGCAGAAUACGUAUCCAAUGGACUUUUAUGCCAACCAGUCUCUGGGUCCUUGGACAGUGAACCAUGAGUCCCAUCGGCCUCCCAGAGUUGCAGCUAAACAAACAAAGUCAUCUCACCUCAGAAAGACCCCAGCCACUGAUGAGUGCGCACAGAAAAUCUAGACUGCCGGAUUCGGGAAGAGGAGCGGAGCCAGAGCAAAUGACCGAGUAGCAGGCUGGGCCGCGCUGAGAACUCCAACAACUGUCUGCGUAUUUCUGAUUGCAGGCACUGAAGUCAUUCGCCACCUCUCACCGGCAGGUGUGAAGACAGAAAAUGAAACCGUAUGUUACGUCAGCUCGGUAGAUCUGGAAAGUAUCACUCCAUUAACGGCUUCAUAGCCCUUUAGAUCGAAGAUCGUUCCUUAUUAACCCUUUCAGGAUUACAAGGACCCUAAGAACAUCACUCCAUUACUUUAUCACAUCUUACGGCCUUUUAGUUGAUGGACUAUGGGCAGAGGUCAGGUGGCCACCUCUAUUUCUUUUUUGGAGUUUCCAGAGCCCAUACAGGGUCUGCUACUAAUCAAAAGCUUUUUUUAAUAGGGGCUUGUCUAAACCUUUUUUUCUCCCUCCUCUUGCCGUUGCCUGGGUGAUGCGGAAUCAGUACCCACCAAGCCCCCACUAUUGGCACUGACUUGCAGCAUCCCCUCCUGUGAGAACCAAUCACCUCCCGCGUGGAGACCCACAGCAAGCAGCUCUGUAAUGUCUAUGUGAUGGGAUCACGAGCUUUAAUGUUCUUUGGAAGGGACCCAGCAAUUGCUGCGCCUGCAGCUUCUAUCCAGGGAAGAGCUGAGCUCAAGGGGUGUUGCAUCGAUUGAAGCGAGAAAGUGAAUAAACAACAAAUAGCAAUGUGCGCAGGUAAUGUGCGGUAAGGGGUCGCGGUCCCUGUCGUGCAGCCUCCGAAGUCCUUCAUUUUAGAACAAUAGAUGCAAACUACAUUUUGUUUUAUACCUUCAGCAUGUGAACAAAGUCUUCGGAGCACUGUGGAUUGGUGACAGCUCCUCCCGGGAGGGAGACCUAAGAGAGGUAGAAUUAAUUUCAGCGGCAGUAAACCCAGUGUGACAUGACAAGCCAUGUGUCUGUCUCUUCUGUAUGACACCACUGUACUCUCUUAUAUUAAAAAAUAUAUCAAGUCACAUUUUAUGUCCAACACAUUACAUUUCUUCCGCAACGGCGAACCCUACAAGCAGAAUGACUGUGCCUGCAUUGCAAGCGUAUAUUAUGUAUAGUCUACAUGUAAAUUACAUUUAGUUGCCACAGUUUUUGUAAUUAAAAAGAAACCCCGGGCCAAAGAAAACAAAUAAAAAUUAUUAUAAAAA